GUUAAUUGCCAAUCAGUCGGAUCAAGUGUUUCACUCUGGCAGUGAACAUGGAAAUAUUACGAAAAGAAAACCCAGUCUCCAAGAUGGUGCGUGUACCUCUGAUGGGGAAUGCUAUUAUUUUUAUCAUGAAUUUGAGGUGAACAACUGCUGGUUCAUGGUUUCCAAGGAUGACCUUCCCACACAAGUGACAAACAUUGACAUCGAAGUCUUUAAUUCAGCGAUGUUAAGUUCAUUUGGGCGUUUCCAGAUUCUGGACCAAUGCAUCUGGCGGUUACCGGUACAACGUCGUAUAGCGCCAAUUUCCAAUGGCAUCAGGGACCGAGCUGUUACGACCGAACAGACAUACUACUGAUGUAUAACGUGUCUGGAAAGUCACGAACAAUGCACGUACACAAGGACUCGGAAUACUACACGCUGGGUAACCUGGAUCCGGAAACUACGUACACCGCCCAGUUCGUGGUUGAGUACGGGGAUGAGAAAAGUGACCCAGUCAAAAUCACAUUCACUACAGGAGAAUAUGAAGGUUUAUCAGCUGGUGCUAUUGCUGGAAUAACUAUAGUUAUGCUGAUCCUUGUGGGCUUACUAAUAGCUGGUAUAGUGCUCUGGAGGACAGGCAAGCUCAAUCGCUACAAGGAAUCAAUCUACGGUCAAAUACAGCGGCGGAUAACCAGGCGUCGGCGAUCUAACACCUACAACAACUCGAGAGAGGUCAACAAGCAUCAAGAACGAAAGUCAUUUGCGAACCUGGCCUAUUCGGAUGUCGGUGAUGAGGAUGUGUAUCUGUAUGGUCAAAUGGUUUUUAAUGAGAACCAGGCGUGGGAGGUUCAUCAUGGUAAAGUGUCUCUAGUUGAAAAGAUUGCAUCGGGACGGUUUGCUGACGUUUUCAAAGCUUCACAAAACUGCAAAAAGAACAACAGAAAGAUCGUCGUUGCCAAAGUGUUAAAGGAGUCACAUACCGAACUAGACGAAUUGGUAAUGAAUGCUAAGAUAAACUUCUUCGCGACAAAGACUGGUUCCCAUGCCAAUGUUAUUGAAUUCGUUGGAGCUGUCCUUGAUAACAAACCACUUGGUCCAUUCAUGCUGUUGGAGUUGUGUGAGGCAGGUGUGAUGAGGACGUGGCUGCAGAAUCGGCGAACAAUGAUGACGGACAGUGUCGUGGACACCUUAUUUCGAAUGACCUUUGACAUCGCUAAAGGAAUGGAUUACCUCGCCUCAAAACAGAUUAUUCAUCGUCACCUUGCUGCUAGAAAUAUUCUUCUGGCGUCGUCAUUAGAAGCAAAAGUCGCAGGGUUUGGACCUACGAGGGAAACCGAGCAACAAGACGGUGACACUGGAAAGGAAAAAGUACCAAUCAAAUGGAUGGCUCCAGAAUGUAUGACGUCAUUGAAGGACGCUACAAUGCAGAGUGAUGUAUGGUCCUACGGAAUCGUCUUAUGGGAAAUAUUCAGUCUUGGUGACACACCGUAUCCCGGGAUACGGAGCAUGGACGUGGCCACCAAUGUUACCAAUGGAUACCGUAUGAGCCGCCCUGAAUAUUGCGCUGACAUGCACUAUGAGUUAAUGAAGAAAUGCUGGCAGGAUAAACAGUCGUCACGGCCGAAGUUUUCCGCCAUCGUUCAGGAAAUCAGCAGCACCUUCAGUUCGAGCCAGGACGACUACUAUUACUACGCAACGCAGUGACCACGGGGACUGAUUAUCGUCAACAUCAAAACAAGAAACCACAGGGACAAUCUUCAACCACUUCACGAGGUCAUUUCAAGGACAGACCUUUGCCAACAUUCAAACAAGAAAACGCAGGGACAGACUACAACCACUCCCCGAGGUCAUCACAGGGACAGACUACAACCACUCCACGAGGUCAUCACAGGGACAGACUACAACCACUCCACGAGGUCAUCACUGGGACAGACUACAACCACUCCACGAGGUCAUCACAGGGACAGAAUACGACCACUCCACGAGGUCAUCACAGAGACAGACUACAACCACUCCACGAGGACAUCACAUGGACAGACUACAACCACUCCACGAGGUCAUCAAAGGGACUGACUUUUGUCAACAUUUAAACAAGAGACAACAGGUACAUACUUCAAGUAUUUCACAAGAUCAUCACAAGAAUCACAGGGACAGACUACAACCCCUCCACGAGGUCAUCACAGGGACUGACUUUUGUCAACAUUUAAACAAGAGACAACAGGUACAUACUUCAAGUACUUCACAAGAUCAUCACAAGAAUCACAGGGACAGACUACAACCACUCCACGAGGUCAUCACCAAGAUGGAGACCAACGGGAAAGACUACAGCCACAUUACAAAGUCAUCACCGUGACGGAGACCCCCAGGCCAGACUAAAACAACUGCAUAAGGUCAUCACCAGGACGGAUACCACAGAGACAUACUAUAACAACUUAUAGGUCAUCAUAUUACCAGGAUUGAGAUAUAAGGACAGAUUAUAGUCACCCUACUUCAUGACUGCAACACGUGACUACUGUGGCUACACUUGUCAUCACAGGGUCUGUUUAUUAUCAACAUUAAAACAAGAGACCACAGGGACAGACUACAUUUACUCCGAGGGGCCAUCACAACGACUGAUACUGUCAGCAUUAAAACAUGCGUUCCCAUGAUCUGACCACACUACAACAGUACUUCAAAUGGCCGCUGUAAACAAGUCUACCAAGGAAUCCCGUCAUUUGUCUUUUUAAAGCAAACUUUUAAGGGACUCCUAAUGUAUUUGUGAACACAUGUUGAUAUCAAUUCUAGAUAUCAUUGAUGAUGACUUUUUUAAUGUUAAUAUGAUGCAAGUACUAUUCGAUGCAUGGUACGUAUAAUAAGAACAUGAUUGACUGCCUUCCUACCCUAUACAUCCUGAAUACAGCUAAGCUGUUCACGUUCUCCAUUUCACCGCAUGACUUUCUGUCAGUGCAAAUUCGGUGUUUAAAAAUAUAAAAAACAAUGAAAAUAAAAAAAAUAUUGUUUACUGAAGGUAUACUUUUAUAAAUGUGUAUAUAUUUAGGAAUACAUUGAUUUGCAUAUGAUGUGUAGGAUGAUAUAUAUGAUUCAAAUUAAAUGUGAU